UCCCAUGGAAACCAUCACCAUCAUCACGAAAAACCUCUGCUUGAACAAAACAAAGGCUCUAUGUACAAACAUCUCGUUUUUCAAAGUACGGAAGAGAGUGCUUACCUGGAUUCUACGUGGAAGGGACUUACAGCACUUGGAGGCUUGUAUUUCAUGUUUCUAGUGGAGCAUUUGAUCACUUUAAUAAAGCAGUUUAAAGACAAGAAGAAAAAGAAAAAAAAUGAAGAUGAUGGAGAAAGUAAGAAGUUUACAGCGAAUGAAGAGAAGUUAGACGCAGAUGAUCGGCCUGAGGGCUACCUAGGGGCAGACUCUCAAGAUCCAUCGCCCUUCAUUUCUCAGCAGCCAACUGUACAAGAAGAAGAAGAAGUGAUGAUAGCUCAUGCUCAUCCAGAGGAGGCUGACAAUGAAUAUGUGUCCAGGGGCUGUAGAAACAAAUGUCAUUCUCACUUACACGAUACGCUAGGACAGACAGAUCAUCUUAGCCAUCACCACCAUGACUACCAUCAUAUCCUGCAUCACCAUCACCAUCAGAACCAUCAUCCCCACAGCCACAGCCAGCGCUACUCGCGUGAAGAGCUGAAGGACGCGGGGAUAGCGACUCUGGCGUGGAUGGUGAUCAUGGGGGACGGCCUGCACAACUUCAGUGACGGCCUCGCCAUCGGAGCAGCCUUUACUGAAGGGUUAUCUAGUGGUUUGAGCACUUCUGUGGCUGUGUUUUGCCAUGAAUUACCUCAUGAGCUAGGAGAUUUCGCCGUGCUUCUGAAAGCCGGCAUGACUGUCAAGCAGGCUGUGCUUUACAACGCUCUGUCAGCCAUGCUGGCCUAUCUGGGAAUGGCCACUGGGAUCCUGAUCGGUCAUUACGCAGACAACGUUUCAAUGUGGAUAUUUGCACUUACUGCUGGCUUGUUCAUGUAUGUGGCUCUUGUGGACAUGGUGCCUGAAAUGCUCCACAACGAUGCCAGUGAUCAUGGAUGCAGCCGCUGGGGAUACUUCCUGUUGCAGAACGCUGGGAUUCUGUUGGGGUUUGGGAUAAUGCUGCUUAUCUCCGUAUUUGAACAUAAGAUUGUGUUCAGCAUAAACCUGUAA